AUAAAGAAAAGGAUUGAUCGACACUUCCCAAGUCCAUGCACACCUCGCAUCGGUUGCAUACGUACGCUUUGCUCAUGUAGGAACAAGACCAGACAGCAACUGUGCUCUUGGCAUCUUGCAGGUCAACUAUACUAUUUACUAACUAGUUCUGUCCUUCUCUUAUUUAUGGUUGAUGUUAAUUAUUUUUCCGGAUCGGCUCUAUUCCGGAAGAAGACCGAGAAUGAAAGGUGCGUAGAAGUUCUUAUGAGCCAUGCAGGGGUCGAAUCACGUUCUAUUGUGCGGUGGUGCCGAAGGGCUCGUCAUGAUCUUACGUCAGGUAUCGAUUGUGAGGGUUGGGAUGGAUGGAUGAUGCGUCUUUAGGUGGUUUGUUACGUGGACAAGCAGGAUGUGGCAGUAAAUGAGGCUUGCUAUCGGUUAAGCAUUGCUGUUGCUACAGUAUCUUCCAUAUCACCAGCUUGUCUGUCGGUCGAACCCGUCAGUUGUUGUUCUUCUUCGGAGUGGCGUGCCUGACGGCUAUGAAAGGC